AUGUCAGCUCGAACAGACCUGCGGUCCUCUUCCCCAGUGACCACUCCCCAGCUAUCUGAUACCCAGUGCUUUUCACGCCAGUCAAACCUGUCGCCUUCGCUGGCAGAGGAGCUGGGGUUCGUGGUGCAGCAGCCAAAGGACGAUUACAGAUGGAGGAAUCUUAGGAUCGAUGUGCCUGACUCUUCGCCUCUGGACAAACCUCUGUCUUUGAAGAGCCCAGCGUCAGUGUAUUCUGCUUCACAAUUGGCCGCUCCUAUUGAUAUUUCACCCCUGAAUUCGUUUGAUAUGGGUAGCAUCACGCAACUACCGACUCCUGUUUUGAAUUCUGGCCUGUUCGCUCAGUCCAAGAUCACUUUACUUAAACGGUCUCAGGUGCACAGCUCAUCAUCUGGACCUUCCCAUAGAGCUGUCUCAGAAUUCCAACCGGGUUCAAUUAUCAAGCGUGGUGAGACCCCAAACCCUAUCUCGAUCAACAAUCGUCAUGUCUCUAACCCUUCACUGCUUGAUGAAGAGGCAUCCGCGAUUCCUCUGCCUCCGCUGGAAGUCGAUCAUGGUCAGCUCAUUGGCCGAAUUAUAGAUGCCCCUCGCCUCCACAAACUGUAUGUUUUUGAUGAAGUGGUGGGGAAAGGCACGUUCAGCACGGUUGUCCGCGCUCAUUCAACUGCCAACCUUGACGACAUUGUUGCUGUGAAGAUAGUCGAAGUUCCUACGAGCUCAAAGGAGGACGUUUCUAACUUCCGUCUGUAUAUCUGCAGAGAACUUGGCAUUUUGACUCAUCUUAAGCAUCCGUGUAUCGUCGGCCUUUUAGACUAUUCCAUAAACUUGUCAAUCACGCAGGACGAGAUUGAUCAAGCAGUAUCAGGAAACCCGUUAUCUGCCCCUAUGGGCUCUGAUAUGUAUGACUUUUACAAUAUUAAAGUCCACAACAAACAGAAUUUCAUCCUCAAUUACUGCAAGGGAGGUAAUUUGUUCCAUUGGCUUUACGACCAUCAUCGCGAGUCAAGUAAGAAGGUCGGUUUUUGGGAAGUUAUGCGUCGCAUUGUCGCUGAACUCAUAGUUUGUGUCGCCUUCUUACACACUCACGAUGUCGUACACCGUGAUCUUAAACUUGAAAAUGUUCUUCUUAAUUUUUCAGACAAGGAACUUGGAGAUCUGAAUAUCUCGCAUAAAGCUGAGCCACUUUGUACAUUAACUGAUUUUGGGCUUUCCAAGAAACUCACGCUGCCAAAUCAACUUCUUUCAACAAAAUGUGGUUCGCAAGACUAUGUUAGCCCUGAGCUUCUCAUGGGCCUUGAGUACGACGGGAAACUUCUCGACUCGUGGUCCCUCGGAGUGCUAAUAUAUGCUAUCUUGGAAGACAGACUCCCAUUCGAUGUUCCUCCACUCGAGUUUAUGUCUAACUCAGCAAUCUCCCCAUCUGUCUUGAAACGCCGGAGGAAGAGACAUAACCCGGCUCAUAGAAUUGCCAUGAUAGAUUGGGAAUGGCUUCGAAUCGCAGCGACCAUGAAAGAUGAUACCUUCCCAGAAGCAUCAAAGUUUAUCAUGAAUCAACUUGUUGCUGUUGUUGACGUCUUGCUUGUCCGUAAAGAUAGGCGGUUAACUGCCACCCAAGUACUCCAUGAUGAAAGGUUCCAAUGGAUUAAAGAACAAGUACCCUCCCAUUUCCUCGAGCAUAUCCACUAG